AUGGCCGCUCCGGACUACUUUGCCCGCAAGCCAUCAUACAACCGCUCUCGCUCUGGCCUGGCUGUCCCUGGAGUCACUACCCCGGCUUCACCGCACACGCCGCUCUUGACCCGCUCUCUCUCCUCUCAACUUGGUUCGCCCGGAACUUCGUAUCGCGCCGAGGAAGACACCCUCGUCUACGAGCUUGGUUCGAGAUCCUUCCGUGCAGGAUUCGCUGGCGACUCUGCUCCAAGAUGCAUCAUCCCCUUUGGCCCUGAUCAAAUGCGCCGUUUGAACGACUUUAUCACACCCACAACCUCGCCCUCCCAGAAUGGCUGGGCGAAAGACUGGGAGUUGUGGGACUUGGAUGUUCGCAACAUGAACCUCGGUCUAAUUGAGGACAAGAUCGAACGUGCCAUACGAGGUGCCCAUACCAACUACCUCAUGCUGGAUCAACGGCCUCGCAAAGUCUNNUUUCUUGUUCUGCCCUCCGCCUUGCCUCAUCCACUCGUCUCUCUCACCUUGAAUGUCGUUUUCAAUGCCUUCCAACCCGCGACUGUUCAAUUAUGGACACCACCUGUCCUCUGCGCCGUCUCCGCUGGUCUUCGCUCCGCCUUGGUCAUCGACAUUGGUUGGCACGAAACAACUGUUACCGCUCUGUAUGAGUAUCGCGAGGUCUUCCACAGGACAUCAAUCCGAGCCGGGAAACUACUUACUCAAAGUAUGGCCGACACCUUGCGUAAACGCGCCCCUUCUUCCGCUCNNUCUCUCCCCUUCGACACCGCCGAAGAUAUAGUCAUGCGCAUGGCCUGGUGUCGCAACUCGCGUGAUCAACACUUCGCCGACAGUGUCACUCUUCCACUUGAGUCUUUAUCAUUACAAAUCCCAUUCGAGACCCUAGCCGACCCAGUAGAAGAAACUUUCUUCUCCACGUCUGUUUCACUCGAGCAAAUUGAUGACCACGAUCUGCCUCUGCAUCUUCUGGCAUACAAAUGCUUGCUAUCCCUCCCACUAGAUGUACGUGCAAUCUGCGCUUCACGCAUCCUCAUCACUGGUGGUGUAAGCGACAUACCAGGCCUGGNNAAACCCCGUCUGUUGCGAGAGAUAGAAAACAUUGUCAACACCAAGGGGUGGGACCCAGUCAUGAACUAUGGCUCGGCUGCGGAAAAGAGGCAGCUCUCAUCACAGCAACAAACGAUAGCUUUGCCGACCAGGAUCAAGCCACCUGAUGUCACUGACGAUAAGCAUGUUGCCUCUCAACCGGAUGAGCAACCAUCGGCUCGCCACGUGCCGCAAGAACGCGAUGAGGUCGCCGAAAAGCUACAGCGUGAAGCGCUGAAGCGCGGUAUCACCAUACAAGGUGAGGUGCGUGGCGUGGAGACUUUAGGUGCUUGGGCAGGAGCUUCACUGGUUGCAAGUCUUAAAGUGGAUGCUGCAUUUGAGGUGAAGAGGGAAGACUUCUUCAAGAAUGGCCUGAGUUCAUUGGGUCACACGUUUUAG